AUGAGGUGCAGUGUUACAAUCGUCGAAGGUUUUGGCCACUAUGCUCGAGACUAUCGAAGAAAGAAGGAUUCACGAGUGAAAGAUAACGAUGAAGUACAAUAUGCACAUGUUCAAUAUAGUGAUUAUGAUGAUGUGCUACUCAUGGCCAACACCCAAUCGAACACUGAGCAAACCAACAUGUGGUACCUGGAUUCAAGAUGCAGUAACCACAUGUCUGGUAAUAAAAAUUGGUUCACCAAGAUAGAUGAAUCAGUUGAGAAAAUGAUAAAGUUUGCAGAUGGAAGACACAUCACAUCAGGUGGAAAAGGAGAUAUCUUUGUUGUCAUAAAGGAUGGUCGAAAAGCUAGCAUUACUGAUGUGUUGUAUGUAGCUUAG